AUGAAUUUCAUUGGAUUGCUUUUGGUGUGUUCCCUCACUAUGUUCUCAUCUGUUUCUGCCUAUGCUGAAGGAUGGACCAAUGCUCAUGCCACCUUCUAUGGAGGGAGUGAUGCUUCAGGAACAAUGGGUGGGGCUUGUGGUUAUGGUAACCUUUACAGUCAAGGCUAUGGAACAAACACUGCUGCUUUGAGCACAGCACUUUUCAACAACGGUGGUUGGUGUAACCCUCCUCUCCAGCAUUUCGAUCUUGCUCAACCUGUUUUUCUUCAUAUCGCUCAAUACAAAGCUGGAAUUGUUCCUGUAUCUUACAGAAGGGUAUCCUGUAGGAGAAAGGGAGGUAUAAGGUUCACUAUCAAUGGACACUCUUACUUCAACCUUGUUCUUAUCACAAACGUUGGAGGUGCUGGUGAUGUGCAUGCUGCUUUCAUCAAAGGGUCAAAAACUGGUUGGAUUUCCAUGUCAAGAAACUGGGGACAGAAUUGGCAGAGCAACAAUUAUCUUAAUGGUCAAAGCUUGUCUUUUAAGGUUACUACAAGUGAUGGUCGUACUGUUGUCUCCAAUAAUAUUGCUCCAGCUGGAUGGUCUUUUGGUCAAACAUACACUGGUGCUCAAAUCCACUAG